UAGAAAUAGUCCUAUCUGUCAGCUAAUGUUAUUUCUUACAAAGUAACAAAAUAUCCAAUCUAAUCAGUGUUGUGUUAGUUCUCCCAUUAAGACUAGGACACGCCUGUAACAUUUCAGAAUCAUUGAUACUGAUGGAUUCCUCAAGAUUUACUUAACAUUUUUCAAAAUCAACCCAAGGACAUAUUUGAAAAGAUUCAGGAAUAUCAAGAAACAUUGGUUGAUAGCGUUCUUAUUAGCACCAGAUUUGAAUUUGAUAUUAUUGAUACAGAAGGUAUUGAAAAAUCUAAAUCAAAUUUAGUUUCCAACCACACAACAAAUCUCUGAGUAAUGUCCGAUUCAAAAUUCAAAGAGACUGUAAUUAAACGUUGGGAUAAUAUCUUUACUUUAUAUGACAUCUCAUCCUCACAGGGCUAUAAAGUCGAAAUUCCUCGAUAUUAAUAUACACAAUCAACUGUUAAAUAAAGUGGAAACCACAAUGACACCGACAAAAUUAAAAAAUGUCUGUGAAGAUUCCAGCAACAAUGAUGGUUCGCCAGUUUUAGAUUCAAAUGUAUCAUAUUUCUUGCAAGGUAAAUCAAAUCCUUCAUAUAACUCCAAAAAGUUUAACACACAAGAAAAAAAUCAAUCUUUUUUAAAUAUUUUAGAUCAGUUAUGCUCUCCACCUGCACCUACUGAAGGAGAAAAAUGCCAGUUAGAGGCUAUAAUUUCUAAAGAGAAGAGACAAGUUAGUCUAACAACUGGCAGUAAAAAACACAUGUUUAGUAGAACGGAUACACAUUAUUCUCAUGUUCAAAUCAACAAAAAACCACAAGAAAUUGCCACUGAUGAUCUGAAUAUUACAAAAGAUGACUUAUUUGAAAAUAUAUCUGAUAUCAGCUUACAAAAUUUGUGUGAUGCAACUGAUCAUUUAGUUGACAAUCUCACACCUAAUCAUGAAACUGUUAACAGAGACAUUGACCAAAAAUUUAGCGCCAAAGAAUCAAGUGGUGAGAGGAAAAGACUAUUGAUUUACUCUAAUUCAAAUUGCAAUGUAGACAAACCAUGUACAAUAGAUUUAAGGAAUCUUUUUUCUGAAGUGACAAUUUUAGAAGAAGCGAAUAAAUGCCUGAAGAAACAAGUACACCCAACAUCUUCAUAUGGGGGGAUAAAACCUAGUCAAGUUACGGUUCCAUGUCCUAAUAGUCUAUAUGAAAAAGGAGAUAAUUUACAGUCAUCAACACAUUUGCCUGUAGAAACUAGUAAGAAUGAAAUAGAAGAUGACUUUCUCAAUGACUCAUUUGGCAUUACCAACACUCAGUUUUGUGAGGCUGUUGAAGCAGCUGAGCUUUUAUCUAAUCUUAAUACAGAUCAUAAAAUAAAUCUGAAUGUCACAGAUAAUAUCAAUGUGGUAAAGUAUUUGCACACUACUCCAAAAGAAUACAACGAAUCUUCAAAAAAUAACAAUAGUAUUACUACAUUAAAGCAAGUAGUCUCUGAUGAGACUGGUUUGGUACCAUCCAUUGAGAAAGAGGACUUACCACCACAGUGUAAUAACAAGACUGAGAACUCAUUGGCAAUGUUGAGUAACAUUGAUUGUUUAAAAAAUAACACAGAUUCACCAAAGAACCACCGUCUUAGACUAAAUAGUAAUAGUUAUAACAUUACAAAGCAUAAGCUUUCAAAAGGAUCAAGUUUUCCUAAAAAUGAAGAUGAUGAAUCAGAUUAUGUACUGAAAGGGUUUCAGACACACAGUAAAAAAGGUGCUACAACAUCAGAGAGUCCAUUAAUUAAUGCUAAAUUUCAGUUUAACAAUAUGACUUCACUUGACGAGUCGUGCUUUGAAACAGAUAAAAUAUUAAAAGGUUUCAUCACGCAAAACUUAAAUGUAACAGAAAAUCAAAAAUCGUCUACCAAACAAAAGUCAAUGCAAAGAGAGAUAGAACCCAUGCAGCAGUUUAAUAACAGUUCAAGUGUAAUACAAAAUGGUUUUCAAACAGCAAGCGGAAAUUCAGUCAAGACGUCAGAAGAAUUAUUACAGAAAGCAAAGCAGCUUUUCAAUGAUGAGUCGUUUGUAAUGCCAAAGGAAUUUGAAAGAUUCAGUAAUAAUUCAAAAGGCUUUCAAACAGCAAAUGGAAAGUUACUCUCGAUAUCUAAGGAAUCUAUAGAAAAAGUCAAGCAGCUGUUUGAUGAUGGGCCUGAAUUCAUGCAUUGUCAAACUGCAAGUGAUGAUUCUUCUACAGUUUCUGAAGAAAAUUUUAAAAAGCCCAUGCAGCAGUUUGAUGAUGGACAGAAUAUAACGCAAAAUGGUUUUAAAACUGAAAGAGGAAAUACUAUCAAAACAAUUUCUAAAUAUUCGCUUAAAAGAGCAAAGGAAAUUUUUGAUAACGACAAGUUUGAUAUACCAAAAAGGUAUCCAACAGCAAGCAAGAAAUCUGUCAAGAUGUCAGAAGAGUCAUUACAGAUAGGCAAGCAGCUGUUUGAUGAUGAAUCAAGUUUGAUGCCAAACUGUUCCAAAACUGAAAAUUUAAAAAAUAAGUCAAUAGCCUUCCAAACUGCAAACGGAAAAUCUAUUAAGAUAUCAAAGGAAUCGUUAAGGAAGGCGAAACAGCUACUUGAUGAUGGACUUGAUUUAAUGGAAGAAGAUUAUCAAAUAGCAAGUGAAAAUAAACCCAUGCAACAAACUGAUUUUGGAUCAAGUGUAUUAAAAAACAGGCUUCAAAGUGCAACUGAAAAAUCAAUGAAGUUAUCAAAAGAAUCAUUAAAAAGAGACAAACAGCUGUUUAAUGAUGAUCUUAGUACACAAUCAAACGGUUUUCAAACUGCAAGUGGAAAGUCAGUUAAGUUAUCAGAUGAAGCAUUACAGAGAGCCAAAAAGCUGUUUGAUGAUGAUCUUAGCACAAUUCCAAACUGUUUUCAAACUGUAAGUGGAAAAUCAGUCAAGUUAUCAGAAGAGGCAUUACUGGAAGCCAAAAAGUCGUUUGGUGAUGAACUUUGUCAAAACAGUUUUCAAACUGCAAGUGGAAGGUCAGUCAAAUUAACAGAAGAGGCAUUACAGAAAGCCAAACAGCUGUUUGAUGAUGAUCUUAGUACAAUACCCAAUGGUUUUCAAACUGCAAGUGGCAAAUCAGUCAAGUUAUCAGAAGAGGCAUUACGGAAAGCCAAACAGCUGUUUGAGGAUGAAUCAACUGCAAUGCCAAAUGGUUUUCAAACUGCAAGUGGCAAAUCAGUCAAGUUAUCAGAAGAGGCAUUACAGAAAGCCAAACAGCUGUUUGAUGAUGAACCAACUGCAAUGUCAAAUGGUUUUCAAACUGCAAGUGGCAAAUCAGUCAAGUUAUCACAAGAGGCAUUACGGAAUUCGAAACAGCUUUUUGAUGAUGAACCAACUGCAAUGUCAAACGGUUUUCAAACUGCAAGUGGCAAAUUAGUCAAGUUAUCAGAAGAGGCAUUACGGAAAGCCAAACAGCUUUUUGAUGAUGAACCAACUGCAAUGUCAAAUGGUUUUCAAACUGCAAGUGGCAAAUCAGUCAAGUUAUCAGAAGAGGCAUUACGGAAAGCCAAACAGCUUUUUGAUGAUGAACCAACUGCUAUGCCAAAUGGUUUUCAAACUGCAAGUGGCAAAUCAGUCAAGUUAUCAGAAGAGGCAUUACGGAAAGCCAAACAGUUGUUUGAUAAUGAUCUUAGUACAAUACCCAAUGGAUUUCAAACUGCAAGUGGCAAAUCAGUCAAGUUAUCAGAAGAGGCAUUACGGAAAGCCAAACAGCUGUUUGAGGAUGAAUCAACUGCAAUGCCAAAUGGUUUUCAAACUGCAAGUGGCAAAUCAGUCAAGUUAUCAGAAGAGGCAUUACAGAAAGCCAAAAAGCUGAUUGGUGAUGAACCAACUGCAAUGUCAAAUGGUUUUCAAACUGCAAGUGGCAAAUCAGUCAAGUUAUCAGAAGAGGCAUUACGGAAUGCCAAACAGCUUUUUGAUGAUGAACCAACUGCAAUGUCAAACGGUUUUCAAACUGCAAGUGGCAAAUUAGUCAAGUUAUCAGAAGAGGCAUUACAGAAAGCCAAACAGCUGUUUGAUGAUGAAUCAAGUGACAUGCCAAUCGGUUUUCAAACUGCAAAUGACAAAUCAGUCAAGUUAUCAGAAGAGGCAUUACAGAAAGCCAAACAGUUGUUUGAUGAUGAUCUUAGUACAAUACCCAACGGUUUUCAAACUGCAAGUGGCAAAUCAGUCAAGUUAUCAGAAGAGGCAUUACGGAAAGCCAAACAGUUGUUUGAUGAUGAUCUUAGUACAAUACCCAACGGUUUUCAAACUGCAAGUGGCAAAUCAGUCAAGUUAUCAGAAGAGGCAUUACGGAAAGCCAAACAGCUGUUUGAUGAUGAACCAACUGCAAUGCCAAAUGGUUUUCAAACUGCAAGUGGCAAAUCAGUCAAGUUAUCAGAAGAGGCAUUACGGAAAGCCAAACAGCUGUUUGAUGAUGAACCAACUGCAAUGCCAAAUGGUUUUCAAACUGCAAGUGGCAAAUCAGUCAAGUUAUCAGAAGAGGCAUUACGGAAAGCCAAACAGCUGUUUGAUGAUGAACCAACUGCAAUGCCAAAUGGUUUUCAAACUGCAAGUGGCAAAUCAGUCAAGUUAUCAGAAGAGGCAUUAAGGAAAGCCAAACAGCUUUUUGAUGAUGAACCAACUGCAAUGUUAAAUGGUUUUCAAACUGCAAGUGGCAAAUCAGUCAAGUUAUCAGAAGAGGCAUUACAGAAAGCCAAACAGCUGUUUGAUGAUGAACCAACUGCAAUGCCAAAUGGUUUUCAAACGGGAAAUGGAAAAUCAGUUCAAAUUUGUAAAGAGUCGUUAGCAAAGGUCAAACAGCUGUUUGAAGACAAAUCAAGUGUAAUAGCAAAUUGUUUUCCAAAUUCUUGUGGAAAAUCAGUUGAGACAUUAGAAGGAUCAAUUUUGACAGAAAAGGUGCUGGAUGACAAUCAUUCCAUGGGUAUCCAAACACAAUCUAAGAAUGUAAGUAGAAACUUGGUUGAAACAUCAAAAGAAUCAUCGGCAAAGGAUUUGGAUCACAAUCCCAACAGUAUUCAACAACAAAUUGCUCAAUCCUCUUGUAGAAAAUUAGGCACUGAUAGCAAAAAAUUAAAUGAUAAGGUUAAACAGAUUUUAGAUAGUCAGCAAAGUGGUACCGGUAAUAAAGAUGAAUGUCGAACGAUUGAUAGAAAAUCCGUUGUCAUACCUAAUCAAUCAAUUGAAAAAGUCAAGCAACGAUUUUAUGAUGGACCAAGUAGUAUUAGCAGUACAGCUGGAAAUUCUUCAACAAACAAUGACAUGUCUCGAUCAAUGAAUAAUUCAUAUCACUCAACCAAUCUGGUAGAACACAAACAAAAACGUAAACAUCCUUUUGUAACAGACUCUCCCUCUACAUCAGGCUUAGUAUUUAAUAAUUCAUCGUUAGACAGAAAUAAACAAUACUAUAGCCCUUCAAGGAAAAGAAGAAAAUUAUUUUUAGAAAACGAUGGCACAGUACAAAGUAAUGAAACUAACUUUUGUUACAAUGACGAUGAAAUUGAUUCAGUUGUGGGUGCUUCAGUAAUAUCAGAAGCAGAUUUAAGUUUGCUCAAUCAUUCCAAAAGUAGUCUCAGUGGAAAUGACUUUCAGUUAAAUCACAAUACGAUGUCGCCCAGCGUCGCUCGGGAAGUUUCAGAAAGUAUGGCUGCUCUUUUAGCAGAUGAAGCAUCCAAUUCACCAUUCUCUCUCAAACCAUUUGUAUCGUCUCCAGGGAUACUGUACGAUAGGGAGGUUAGACUUCCAUCAAUAAAUUGCUAUGAAAAUGAAAUGAAUAUCAGCAACAAACAGUUGAGCCCUAUUUUAGACUCACGUAGUAGUUUUAAUAAGGUAAACAAUUCAAAAAGACAAGUAGUUGGUAAUUCAACCCCUAUUACUGUAAUAAACAAAACAGUCAGUGAAGUUAAAAACACGUCUAGUUUCAAACCACCUUAUGCUACAUCUACUCCAGUGGAUUCUAAAAUCCAAUUAAAACGGAAAUCGCUGUUUUCAAAUGUUUGUCCUCAAUCUGAAAAACAAUUCAAAGUGUCUGUUGAGUCUAAAAAUGAAAAUGUUUAUGAAGUGUUGAAAUUGAGAUUAGAAGAAGCUAAGAAGCAGGAACAAAGUAUACAAGAAAAAAAGAACCGUGGAAAAAUAAAACCUUGUAAAGGUUCACAUUUACUGAGGAAGCAAACCGAAAAGGCUGUGAAUUUACGAUAUUUGACAGCCAAUGGAUGCCUUAGACUCCUUACUCCUCAGCAGCUGAAACAUUAUGGCAUCAAAAAGUCUGUAAUCGAAUUAUCAUUGAAAAAUGUUGGAGAAUUCAAGUUUGUUGCAGAGGAUUUUUAUAGUAAGCAAACUGCGUCUACCAAUGUCAAAGGCAUUCCAGUCGGAGAUGGCGCCCUUUUGGUCCUCGAUGAAGAAGGAAAAGCUGGUGUAAAGGAAGUAACAAGGUCGUUCCUAGCCAGUCCCUCUAUAGAUCCGUCUUUGGUGUCUAUUGAAUGGGUGGAGAACCAUUUUAAAUGGAUUGUUCUCAAAAUGGCAGCAAUGGAGAGGAUGUUUCCUCAACAGCUGGGAAACAGAUACUUGACUCCAAACAACGUGAUGCUUCAGAUGAAGUAUAGAUAUGAUAGAGAAAUUGACAGAAGUGAAAGACCAGCUUUGAGGAAGAUUUUAGAAAAAGACGAGUCUUCCACCAAAACCAUGGUGCUUUUUGUAGCUGAUAUACUGGAUGUAGAAGUUGAAAAAGAGCAAGAGAAACUGGCAAGAAAAGAGCUGGAACUGAGUGAUGGCUGGUAUAGUGUCAGAGCUACCAUUGAUUAUGAAAUGGAGAGGUUGAUCAGAAGUGGGAAAGUUGGAAUCGGAACUAAACUGGUUAUCUGCGGAGCAGAAUUAAGUAACAAUGAGACAGGAUGUCAUCCUCUUGAGACUCCAGCAAAUGUGCGUCUGCGAGUGGCCACCAACAGCACACGGCGCGCUCGAUGGUUCACUCGUCUUGGCUUUCACAGCAAAACCCUCCGUCCGAUGUGUCUGAGAGACGUGUUGAGCCGAGGGGGGUCUCUGCCUGCACUUACUGCUGUUGUGGCUAGAACAUAUCCUCUCUUGUUCCUGGAGAAGGUUAAUGGGAAAACAGUUAUCCGGAGUGAGCGUGCGGAGCAAUCAGCAGUUGACCAGUAUCAGACGAAGCGGCAGCAAUGUGCAGAGGUCAUACUGAGUCAGCUACAACGAGAUGCCCACAGUUCAGGCAGCAACAAGCGACCGGUUUCAAGAGCCACAAUAAAGAAUGCAACCAGCACAAAACAUCUGUAUUCUCUGUUGAAGGGUGUGGAUGACAUGAGUUAUUUACAGGACAUCUUAAGUAAAGAACAGUUGAGGGAAAUUCAACAGCUCAAAGAGGAAGAAACAAGGAAAGUGCAUCAACAACUUCAAGACAAACUUGCCGAACAAUUAGAUAAAAAGAUUUUGCCUAGGCAUGUCACAAGAAUGCUUAAGGUUCGGUUGGUAGAUGAAUUAAAGCCGACAGAUCACUCGGCUCUAUUGACUGUAUGGAACCCUUCUGAUGACGUUGUCAGUUGCUUGACUGAAGGGAACUUGUUGACAUUCUACAAUGUUGCAGCCUCCGGAACUUCAAGGUUUGGUGAUCUACAGUUGACCGCAGGGAAACAAACCAAGUACAAUGUGGAGAGGCGAAGCUGUUGCCUCCGUAAAGUGACUCCACUCUUAGAACUGCAACAGCCAGAACUCAAGCCGCAGUUCUCAGAAGUAGAUGUGGUUGGUUUGGUUGUUCAAAUUGAUGCCACUUCUCCAGACACAACAUCUAGUAUUGUAUAUGUUGUUGACGCGGAUGACAACUUCUUAGGCAUAUCAUUCUGGACCGAUUUGAAGACGACAGGCUAUAUCAACACUUUGAGCCACGGGUGUGUGGUAGCGGCCAGUAACUUACACUGGCGGAGACACCUUGUGUCAUGGCAGCUACCCUCCGCGUAUGCCACCGAGAUGUCCACCUUCAGUCAGCACCCCCGCCAGCCCCACCUGGUGGAGGCUAUAACUCACUUGCGCAGUCGGAUACAGUCACUGGAUUUAAAAUCGUACAUUAAAAGCUGUCAGGAAAGAAUCGAAUCUCUCAUUGCCCGACGAAACAGUGGAGGAGCACAAAAAGAAUCUGUCCCGUCGGAGGCAAGCAGUGUUUUGCAAGCAAGUAGUUGUGGUGCUUUAACAGGUAGCACCAAUCAAAAGCGUGCUGUCAAUAUACUCAAUUCAAGUGAUUCUGAAAUGUUGGACACACCUACGAAUAGAAGGCUAGGAAUUUUGGAAAGGUACGGAGAACCGCCUCCCAUCUCUCCACUGAGUACAUCUACUCCAACCACAGUGAAACGGAGUUUUCGUCCUCCUUUGAGAAAAUCUACAAAUAGGUGAUAGAGCUUUGUUCAUGAUGCAGAGUUAUGUUAGUUAAGUCAAUUUUUGUGUGAAGUACAAUAGGGAUUAAUUUAAUGUUAUCAAUAUGUUAUUAUGGUUGUAUAGUGAAAUGUAUAGUAUAAACCUACCACAUAUAGUCAGGUUGUUUAUAUAUGUUUAUUGUGUAUAAUAAAGCAAUGUUGUAAA